GACAUCUGCCCGGCCCUCCGCUUCUGCAUUUUCUACCCCAGUCUCUCGUUCGCUAUAGUCACUCGCUCAACACGAUCAUGAAGGUAUCCGCGCUCGCCGUGGCUCAAAUAGGCUUACUCAAUGUACUGCCUGCAGCGGCGGAGUACGUGUGGCCGGACAAGCAUGACAGGAUGGAGGACCUGCUGGUCUUACAAGCUGGCUACAUUCGUGAAGGUUUUGUCGACGGCAUCAAUCCAUGCACUCGCAACGCCGGCCCUGGACGCCAGACUGCAGCAGAAUGGAUCCGAACCGCUUUCCACGACAUGGCAACAUAUGACAAAGCUACCGGUACUGGCGGCUUAGACGCUUCCAUUCAGUUCGAGACAGACCGCGCUGAAAAUGCCGGUGAUGCUUUUAAUGGGACCUUUGGCUUCACGAACAAUUACUUCAGCAUUCGCACUUCCGCGGCAGAUCUCAUCGCUCUGUCAACAGUGCUUGCUGUGGGCUUCUGUGGCGGUCCGAAGAUUCCGCUGCGGGUUGGUCGUGUAGAUGCUACCGAGGGCGGUGUUCUGGGUGUACCAGAGCCGCAGCAGGAUUUGGAUACUCACAAGCAGAUGUUCGCGAAGGCGGGGUUCAGUACUGAGGAUAUGAUUGCUAUGGUUGCUUGUGGCCACACAAUGGGAGGCGUACACGGCAAGACAUUCCCAGAGAUUACUGAGAACAGCAGUGAGGAAAAUGUUGUGAACUUCGAUGGUACUGCCUCGACAUUUGACACCAAUGUUGCAGCAGAGUACCUCAAUGGGACCACACAGAACCCGCUCAUCGUGGCUCGCAACGAUACUCUGAACUCAGACAAGCGCAUCUUCGCAGCCGACAACAACGUCACCAUGAAAGCGCUUGCAGAUCCUCAAAAAUUCCAGUCUAUGUGCUCGGACAUCUUCGCUCGCAUGCUCGACACCGUCCCCUCCACUGUCACCCUCACGGAGCCUCUCGAACCCAUCCCGCUCAAGCCCUACAUCACCUCCUUCGCCCUCACCAACGCCACCCAUAUCACCCUCACUGGCCGAAUCCGCCUUCUCACGGCCUCGGAGAGAUACAACGACGAGCGCGUGACCCUCACCUACACCCCAAGCUUCGCCCCCGCCGCAAACACCACCGUAAACACCACCAUCGAUACCAACCCCGCCACCUACAAACUCGGCACCUCCAACGGUAUCUUCGGCGAGCUCUUCAAGUGGCACGAGUUCUCCCUCGCCCUGCCCACGUCCACUUCCAUCAAGAGCUUCACUGCAACCGUGACACGGGUGUCCACCGGCGCGCAGACAUUCUACGAUAACGCUGGCCAAGGGUAUCCUCUUGACGACACGCUGCUGUACCAGGACGCGCAGUCGUGCCGUGUCGGUAACAACGCGACGAUUGUGGCGGCGGUGCGCAAGAGCGUGGUUGAUGCGGGGACGCGCGUGGUGGCGAGCGUGGCGCGCAAGUUUGCGAAGCAGGGGACACGGGUGCCUGCGUUUCAGAUGGAGGAGUGGGAGGGCGAGGUUGGGAGUGAGAUUGGCGAAUACGUUCUGGUGACGGUGAAGGGUGUCCAGCAGCCGGAGAGCUACAGCACGCAUUUUGAUUUAGUAGCGGGUGAUAGCAGCGUGGAGUAUCUGAACACGAACGUUUUGGGUCAGAAGGAGUGUAAGGAGUUGUAGAUAUGAGAUCAAGAUGUUUUCGUGUUUGUUCAAAGACGGUUCUGUUGCCAGGACGUUGCGUGUGACUUCUUCUUUCCAGUUCUCAUCCCCCUGACUCCGCUGCGCUGUACCGGUGCAUCUAGCUCUACAGCGUAAUAAUAUGAAGCAUGUCAGGCGUUAUGCUUACUUGGUAAUCAAGGUGUUAUAUGGUCUUAGUCAUGCGCGUUGAUAGCACGGUGAGUCAAUACGCUCAAUCGGUAAUGUGCUCAGUCGACCACUGAUGCCUAGCUACUCAGGCAGCCGUGGCAAGUGACGAAGCAGAGUUUCACUACAAAAGAUGACCCCCACGAUGCAUGUCACAUGAUCUCGUCCGCACGACGCGUUCGUCAUGCUUGUUGUCU